GAGCCAAACCAAAGACCAAAGGGGGAAAAGUGUUUUCUGUAUAAAAGACCCUGCCGUGCUACCGAUCACCAUCCAGUACCUUUUCGGACUCUGGUCUACCCAGUUCAUCGUUCAUAAACAAACUAAUAGGAGCAUCACAAUGAAAACUUUGGUGUUGAUAGGGAUAGCCACGCUGCUGGUUUUAAGUUCUGCAGCCGAGGACAAAAAGGCCGAAGAAGUGAAACCAGUCGAGCAGGCUGAAAAGAAACAAACCAAGCGUGGCCUCUACGAUUACGAUUUCAGCGGACAUGAUUUCGGCGGACAAGAUUUCGGCGGACAUGAUUACGGACACAUCGGCCAUCAUCAUCAUGUCGAAUUCCAGCCUCAUCAUGAGAAGACCCUGACUGUGGUCAAGAAGGUUCCAGUCCCAUACCCAGUGGAGAAACACAUUCAUGUCCCAGUUGAGAAGCACGUUCCAGUCCCCGUGAAGGUUGGAGUGCCCAAGCCUUACCCAGUGUACAAGACUGUCCACUAUCCAGUCAAGGAGAUCGUCAAAGUCCCAUACCACGUGCCAGCUCCUUAUCCAGUCGAGAAGCAUGUCCCAGUUCCAGUCCAUGUUCCAGUUGACCGACCAGUCCCCGUUAAAGUGUAUGUGCCAGCUCCCUAUCCAGUAGAGAAGAAGGUCCCAGUUCCAGUCAAGGUCCCAGUCCCAGCUCCAUACCCAGUUGAGAAGAAGGUCCUGGUCCCAGUCAAGGUCCCAGUUCAUGUUGAAAAGCCAUACCCAGUUGAGAAGGUUGUGCACUACCCAGUCCAUGUCCCAGUUGACCGACCAGUCCCAGUCCAUGUUGCCAAGCCAGUACCAGUCCCAGUUGAGAAACCAGUCCCUUAUCCAGUUUACAAGAACGUCCCAUACCCAGUCCAUGUCCCAGUCGAUCGCCCAGUCCCAGUGCACGUUGAGAAACCAGUGCCAGUCCCAGUCAAGGUCCCAGUGCCACAGCCCUACCCAGUUUACAAACACGUCCCAUAUCCAGUAGAGAAGCACGUCCCAUACCCAGUCAAGGUCCCAGUUGAACGCCCAGUCCCAUACACUGUUGAAAAGCACAUCCCAGUCGAAGUACAUAAGCCAGUCCCAUACCCAGUCAAGGUCCCAGUUCAUGUCGCAGUCCACGAGGAACCACACCACGAAGAAUACCACCACUUCGAUGAUCACCACCACGAUUUCCAUCACCACUAAGAAGAGCCAAUAUUGUGAUAAAACCCCAUUUACCUAAUCGAAAAUAGUUACUUCCCAGUUCCUCAUUUACUAACCCCAUUCCCCUCCAAUCGAAAACAAACAAAAAUCCCCAAAGAAACUAACCUUUUCAUUCGUGUUCAACCGUAUGAAUGACCUGAACUUCAAUGAACCCAAACAAACGUUCAAACGUUCGUGAUAUUUACUAAGUUACCAUAAUUGCGUCUGUGGCAGCUUGCUUUUCCAGAGUUGCUCACAGGCCACAAUACUCACCGGAACAAUCCAUCAACGCGAAGAAAACUUAUUCAAGAUUAAGAUUAACGCCAACAUACGACCGGAAAAUUAUGACCGCAAACGGUGAGUGGCUUUUUUCGCUUCACCAUCAUCCGCAGAAAAGCUAGCUCGUUUCUUAUUAAUUUUCCAACACGGCCAAGCCCGAAAAAACGCGAAGCGCAAGCAAGCAUUGUUAUUUGUUUCUCAAUUAUUAUUUUGCACGAUUGAUACGCACGCCAGCCAUCAAUCGAGCGCCAGAGAGUGGAUUGUAAAAAAGCGAUUUAAAAAAGACUUAUUAAAAAUGAACCAAAAAAUCAUUUAAAUCAAA